AUCCAAGUCCAAAAAAUCCCUCGUCAUCAUCAUCUUCAUCUCUGCUUAUCUUCCUUUCUCUCUCAUUGUUAUGGGCUUCACCAUUCUCCGAACUUCCCCUCUCUCCUCCUCCCGAGCUCUCGCGAAGCUUCCGCUUUCUCUCCUCUCUCCGCCGCCUCAUUUACCGCCUUCUUCGCUUCUCAAAACCCAUUUCGGAUCUUCUUCUUCCGCCAUUUCUGCCUCUCGAUUCGGUGGGGCUUUUUGUCCGAGGCCUCGUAGCUUCCGUGGGGGCCGUGUCACUGCCAUGUCUUCGCCUGGGUCGGUCCAGAAGUCGGAGGAGGAAUGGCGGGCCAUCCUCUCGCCGCAGCAGUUUCGAAUUCUCAGACAGAAAGGGACAGAGUAUCCGGGAACUGGUCAAUACGAUAAGUUCUUCGAUGACGGAGUUUAUAACUGCGCAGGAUGUGGGACGCCCCUUUACAAAUCGACUACAAAGUUCAACUCCGGUUGUGGUUGGCCGGCAUUUUAUGAGGGUCUUCCUGGAGCCAUUAAUCGCACUGCUGACCCUGAUGGAAUGAGGGUUGAAAUCACAUGUGCUGCCUGUGGUGGUCAUUUGGGUCAUGUUUUUAAAGGAGAAGGCUUUAGAACACCAACAGAUGAGCGCCAUUGUGUCAAUAGUAUUUCACUAAAGUUUCUGCCUGCUGAUUCCCAACCAUCCCAAUAAGUUAUUUCCCCAUCAUACACUUCUGUUUUUUCUUAAUCCUGUGAUUAUAUUUAUAUCCUAACUUAAAUAAGUCGUUGAUGUUACUACUUCUAUUCUAUGUAUAUUUUGGUGAUUGUGUAAAAUGAAUUGUUCUGCCUCUAUUCUCGAUGCGUUUUCGAGUGUACAAUUGCAACUUUUUUGGUUCUAUUUUGACAAUGUGGAAACAUAUAGUUGAAUUAAUGUAAUUAUAUGUGAUUGUUUAA